AGGCCACCAGUAGACGUGUUAAUGUGAACCGGUUUACAGAGACCGACGUGCAGCACAAAAAUCAGUGCCCGAGCGCGGAAGAGGGAGAAGUAGAAGUGUGGAGAAAAGGGCAGUAAGGAAGACGAAGAUGAAAGGGGGAAGCAAGGAUGCAGAGUCCCUCACGGAGGAUGAACGUCGUGCCCUGCGGGCAAGUCGAUUCUCUUCCUCUUUGCCUCCUCCCUCCGCUGCCAGUACCAAACCCAGGAUGCCACACCCAGGUGGUCCAGUUGCAACAAAUAAAGCUGCUGCGUUAGCAAAGUUUCUCGAAAGAAAACUCCAAGAGCCAGGAGGAUUGACUUCUGUAGACCCUUUGUUGGUUGAGUCGGCUGUAAGACAUGCGAAGGGCACCUUAAAAGCAAGCUCCUCGUCAAAAUCUGGUCACAUGAUAAAGCACGUAACUUCAUUUGCUGAUGAUGGGGAGGGUUCUGGCAAGUCCGAAGAUGUAGAAAUUGGCAAAAGCAAAAAGAAAAAGAAAAAGAAGAAGCGGAAGCUCGAGGAGCAUUCUAAAAAGACGAAGAAGAAGAAAAAGAAGAUGAAACACGUCUAAUUUUGGAGCAACGAGGCCCUCUUGGUCAAAGAAGCUAAUGGUCUGGUCCAAAGAUAAAGUGAGAAUUCAAGGUGUCCUUCCCAAAGAAUUGAUGCAUAAACUGCAAAAAAGGCGAUGCAACAAAAGUUUUGGUUUCUGGGGUUUCGAGGCUCUCCGGCCACCUACUCCCUCAUCUUUUAACCUAUUCUGGUAACGUGUCAACGCCCUUAACUUUCGUCCAGCAACUGGUCUGCGAUUCCCAUUAAAAAAUUUUUAUUACUAGUGGGUGGAUGAUUUUUUUCUCCCUUUUAAUCAGAUCAAUUUUUCUCUUCCA